UUUUCUCUUCCCAGGCAAUACCUGGUCUUGGUGCCUGUUAUUGUCCCCACGGAAACCUCCAGGAAGAUCUGCGUCCAGCUGACCCACCUGAACGAGUCUGUGACGCUGAGCAUCACCGUGGAAUACGGCUUGCAGAACAGGACCCUCCUAAGCGAAGAAGUCACCAAGAAAGACCUCUUCAAGUGCACCGAGUUCGAGCUCCCCCGAUGGGAAAGGUCCUUCCAGUCCCACAUAGCGCUUUUCACAGUGGAGGUAACAGGAGCAACCCUGAGGUACUUCAGUCGGAAAAGAGUAUACAUCGACAAUCUGGAUAGCCUCUUCUUUGUUCAGACCGACAAACCUAUCUACAAGCCAGGACAGAAAGUUCAGUUUCGUGUUGUCUGUCUGAAUAAAGAAUUCAUUCCGGUAAACGAGCAGGUAGGUUCCACCAUGCAGCAUUUUUUUUUUUAAGAUAGUUGUUCAGUUCGUGAGAAUCUUUGGGGAUUAUGUAAAUGGAGGCA